GAGAGACCUCUCUUUUAAAACCCCGUCUUCGUCUUCUUCCUCUCUCCUUAUCUCUCCAUCGCACUGUGGAGAGAGAAAGGAACAUUCUUGAACUCAUGACUCAAAAUCUUUCGAUAAGCUUUCGCCUGUUCCAUACAGUUGAAAACCAGUAGCGCAAGAAAAGUACCGACCGAUCUUUAUCUCUAUUUUCUCUCAUCUCUUUCGUUCUCAAGAACAUCGGAAUCGAAGAAGGAGAUAUAGAUAAAUCGCGUUUCCUGAUAAUGCCGUCGCGUUUUCCUCUAAACGGCGCGGUUUCUGUGGUCGCGUGUUGUUUGGUGCUUCUGUUGCAGUCUGUCGCCGGAAUACGAACAGUUCCGGUGAGGAUUGUCCGCGGCGGCGGCGGAAAUGGAUUGGACUUAGGGCCGUUCAUGGAAGCUCCGGAUUACAGAAACGGCAAGGAGUGCGUGUCGUCAUCGGUGAAUAGGGAGAGCGUCGUGUCGUCCUGCGACCCAUCGCUCGUCCACAUCGCCAUGACUUUGGACUCGGAAUACCUCCGGGGAUCGAUCGCCGCCGUUCAUUCCGUACUCCGCCACGUGUCGUGCCCGGAGAACGUCUUCUUUCAUUUCAUCGCGGCCGAGUUCGACCCGGCGAGUCCUCGAGUUCUGAUUCAACUCGUCCGGUCGACUUUCCCGUCGCUGAAUUUCAAGGUCUACAUUUUCCGGGAGGACACGGUCAUCAACCUCAUCUCGUCGUCGAUCAGACAAGCCCUUGAGAACCCUUUGAACUACGCUCGGAACUAUCUUGGAGACAUCCUCGACAGCUGCGUCGACCGAGUCAUAUACCUUGACUCGGAUGUCAUCGUGGUGGAUGACAUCACCAAGCUGUGGAGGAAGACGUUGACCAGGUCACGGGUCAUCGGAGCUCCGGAAUACUGCCAUGCCAACUUCACCAAGUACUUCACGGCCGGGUUCUGGUCCGACCCGAGUCUUUCGCGGGUUUUCCUGGGUCGAAUCCCCUGUUAUUUCAACACGGGAGUGAUGGUGAUGGAUUUGAAGAGAUGGAGAGAAGGGAAUUACAGAGAAAAACUUGAGGAUUGGAUGGAAUUGCAGAAGAAAAGGAGAAUCUACGAUCUGGGUUCGUUGCCGCCGUUCUUACUGGUGUUCGCGGGGAAUGUGGAAGCCAUCCAUCACAGAUGGAAUCAACACGGUCUAGGAGGGGACAACGUACGAGGAAGCUGCCGGUCCCUGCACUCUGGUCCGGUGAGCUUGUUGCAUUGGAGCGGGAAGGGGAAGCCAUGGGUGAGGCUGGACGAGAAGAGACCAUGCGCCAUCGACCAUCUGUGGGAGCCGUACGAUCUGUACAAGCGCAAGAUUGAAAGAGCCAAUGAUCAGUCCUUUCUGGGUUUCUCUUCCUUGUCGGAGUUAACCGAAGAAUCGAGCUUCUUGUGAGAUUGAUUGAUUUGUAUUCAUUUUUCAGUUUUGUGUUUACAUCCUUGUUUGAGAUUCUUUGAUUGCUGUUGUUGUACAGAUCGAUUAGAGAUUCUGUGGAGACCAUUGGUGAUUAGAUUCCGACAUUCCUUUUUUUUUUCCAAACUGAUUCGAACAUCUCAAAUUCUCAA